AUGUACGAAUCCGACUACAACACCAAAAUGCUGGAGCUGCUAUCGGACACCAACACAUACAAGGUGAUUGCACGGGACCCAACGGAUGGUUUUCAGAAGAAAAACAACAGCAUCGUCGACCGUCUGCUGGCACUGGGUCUCAUCGAUAUUGCAACCUCAUAUCGUUUACGUGCCCACUCUUCGCAAUGCCCCAGGAUCUACGGACUACCGAAGGUGCACAAAACCAACCUACCUCUCCGACCCGUGGUUCCGAAUAUUGGUGCACCAUCCUACAUGCUCUCGAAAUACGUCGGUCGCAUUCUGCAAGCGUCCAUCAACAGUGUGUACAACAUUACAGACUCGUUCGUUUUUUAUAUGGUCAUGGAAAUGUUGAUGACAAAUGUUAUGGCCAAGAUCAAUUUUCCAACGCCGGUCAUAAAGAAGUACGUGGACGACCUAAUCUUAGCAUUACCGCUAGAUAAGGUGCUGGAAGUGCUGAAUGUUUUCAACAGCUACAAUCCCAACAUACAGUUCACUCAUGAAGUAGAGCAAAACGGAAGGCUGCCGUUUUUGGAUAUGGUUCUGGUCAGACUUCCCGAUCAGUCAAUAAAAACCGAAUGGUAUUGUAAACCAAUGGCGUCCGGUCGCUUUUUAGAUUAUUUGUCGAGCCAUCCACUUCACAUGAAGAUGAACAUGGUCUCGAACUUUAUAAAGCGAGUCAGGAAAUUGAGCACUAAUUUGUCUCAAUCAGAGGUUGAUGCGAUCAUUGACAACCAUCUAAAAAUAAACCACUAUCCCCGACCACUCCGACAUCGCCUCAUAAAUCAGCGCAGAGAUGUAGCGGAUAGACGUAGCAGUACAAAUGAGGAAGUCAUGUACAAACCUAUGGUGUUCGUUCCAAACCUAACAAAUAGACUGACAAAAACAUUCAAAACUGACUUCCCUAAUAUCAUGACGGCGAUGAGGAACGAACACACCAUCAAGAGUUUGUUUACCCAGACCAAGGAUCCAAUACCAAAAGACCAACGUAACAACGUCAUCUACAAGAUACCCUGCGGAGAUUGUGAUGCAAGCUACGUUGGACUAACCACCACCACGCUGAAGAAACGAAUAGGACACCACAGAAGCGACAUGACCAAAUUAGACAGACUAAUGAAUGACAUCGAAAACAACAACAACGACGACAACUACAACAGCUAUGAACUCGGCCGACUAAAAGAGAGAACAGCUCUCUUGCUGCAUUCGGCCGACAACAAACAUCGUUUCGAUUUGGACAGAACGGAGAUACUCGACUGCCAUCGACGUUUCUCUGCUCUCCCCGUUCUAGAAGUGUGCCACAUUAUUAACACAGACAGGACGGUAAACAAACGAAGCGACUGCGACAGCUUAAGAAACUAA